AUGGCUAAGCCGCACAUCUCGCAUCUCGCCGACCUCACACCUGCGUCCCCCGAGCGGACGUGGCUCACCGCACCGCACCCGACCCUCCCCAUCGUAGCAACCUGCAGCUCCGACAAGACCGUCCGCAUCUACUCGCUCACAAACUUCAAGCUCCUCUCCACCAUCUCCGACGGCCACAAGCGCAGCGUGCGCACCUGCGCCUGGAAACCACAUCUGCAAGGCGAAAGCGUACUCGCAACGGGGAGUUUCGACGCCACCGUGGGAAUCUGGCGACGAUGGGACAAGUACGGGAAUGAAACCAACCACAACAACGCAGCUGUGGACAAUGACAUGAAUGAGGAUGCCUCUGACGAUGAAGAAAAAGAGUGGCGCUUCGCUGUCCUCCUAGACGGACACGACAGCGAAGUCAAGUCGCUAUCCUGGUCUGCGUCGGGAAUGUUACUAGCCACUUGCUCGCGCGACAAAUCGAUUUGGAUCUGGGAGGACCUGGAUGAUGGAGACGAUAAUUUCGAGACCGUGGCGGUGAUGCAGGAACAUGACGGGGAUGUCAAGUGCGUUGCGUGGCAUCCCACGGAAGAAUGCCUCGCCUCCGGGAGCUACGACGACACGAUCAGGGUGUGGCGGGAGGAUCUGGAUGAUUGGGGACAAGUUGCUUGCGUCCGGGGGCAUGGGGGCACGGUGUGGUUUCUGGAUUGGGAAGGCGUGGAGAAUAUGCCUACAAUCUCGUCCGCUGAGCAGCGCGAUCAGUGGCGCGAACAGCGCUCUCUCUCCGGUCCGCGACUGAUUUCCUGCUCGGAUGAUCGCACUGUGCGUGUAUGGACCCGCCAGCCCAAGGAGGGUCAGCAGCCAGCUAUGAGUUCGUCUGCUAUGACGGGGAUUCCGAGUAUUAUUCGGCCGACGGGAUCGGACGAGACGUGGGAGGAGGAGGCGGUGCUGCCGCAUGCUCAUGAACUGGCAGUCUAUGCGGUGGCGUGGAGUCGGCAGACUGGUCUUGUUGCUUCUGCUGGCGCAGAUGGGCGAAUUGUGAUCUACGAAGAGCGGGUCGUGCCCUCGACCGAGGCGCCGUUGCGGACGGAGUGGGCGGUUCUGGCUGUUGUGGAUGGUGCGCAUGGGAUCUACGAGAUCAAUCAUGUUGUCUGGACGAAGCGGGCGGAUCGUAACGCCGAGGGCAACGCGGACGAAGAAGUCCUGGUGUCGACAGCGGAUGAUGGCACCGUCAAGGUGUGGACACUGCAGCGGUGA